CCUCAACCUCUCUCUCUCUCUCUUUCCCUCUCUCUCUUUCUCUCUCACACACCCCUCUUUUGCUCUGAGGGGAAGGGGAUCACACCAACAACAACAAGAACACAGGCACCCGCACCCUGGCGCGCGCUCACACACACACACACACACAAAUUGGAUACAUUUUGAAUAAGCUUUUGGUUCCUUAUCCGGGGACUCGCUCGGCUGGCGUGAUUGGCGCAAAUAGUCACAUGGUGAAACUAACUUUACGGGGUCGCCAGCUAGUAGGAGGGUUUUAUGGAGCAGAAAAACGACAAAGCGAGAAAAAUUAUUUUCCACUCCAGAAAUUAAUGAUCAUGAGCUCGUAUUUGAUGGACUCUAACUACAUCGAUCCGAAAUUUCCUCCAUGCGAAGAAUAUUCGCAAAAUAAUUACAUCCCAGACCACAGUCCGGAAUAUUACAGCCGGACCAGGGAGCCCAGUUUCCAGCACCACCACCAGGAAUUGUACCCUCCGCCACCUCCUCCUCCGCCACCGCCACCUCCUCCACCUCCUCCUCCUCCACCGCGACCCAGCUACCCCGAGCGCCAGUACAGCUGUGCCAGCCUCCAAGGUCCCGGCAACCCCUCCGUGCAUCCGAGGGGCCAUGGACCACCGCCUGGAGGCCACCACCUCCCCGAGAAGCCCCCGCAGCCGCAGCUCUGCGACCAAACGGCUCUUCCCAGCGCCGCCACCUCACCAUCCCCAGCUCCCCCAGCCUGCAACCAGCAAAACCCCGACCACCCCAGCAGCACGGCCUCUAAGCAGCCCAUAGUCUACCCCUGGAUGAAAAAAAUCCACGUCAGUACGGUGAACCCCAAUUACAAUGGAGGCGAGCCCAAGCGAUCCAGGACUGCCUACACCAGACAGCAGGUCUUGGAAUUAGAGAAAGAGUUCCACUACAAUAGGUACCUGACCCGGCGGAGGCGGAUCGAGAUCGCCCAUUCCUUGUGUCUCUCGGAGAGGCAGAUCAAGAUCUGGUUUCAGAACAGGCGGAUGAAAUGGAAAAAAGACCACCGGCUGCCCAAUACCAAAGUGAGGUCCACAGCCCCGGCCAAUUCCUCGGCCGGAUCCCUCCCGGCGGCUCCUUCCAACGCGGUGGUGGUCAGCAGCGAAGACCACUCGCAAAGCUCAUCUCAGGAAGCACGAGCAGAGGAUAUUACAAGGUUAUAAACAAACAGAGGGGAAAAAAAAACAAAACAAACAGAACCGGCAACAGCAGCAGCAGCAGCAAAAAGAACCACCUCCCCCUCAUAAAAAAAAUGACUCUGAUUAUUUAUAGAAUCUAAUAUAUAUAUCUAAUUCUAUAUAUUUUGUUUCUCCCCCUUCUCUCUCUUUCUCUCUGUCUUUCUUGUUUCCUCCCCUUUAACCCCCCCUUCUUCCCCUCCUUCGUAGUUUUCCGGUGCGUGUGUGUAUAUAUAUAUCCCCAUGAGCCAAGGAAAGGAGGAAAAAAAAUAAAAAUAGAACCACAAACACACAAAAGAAUGAGGUCUUUUGCCAGAGAUCUCAAGCUUUAGGUGCAUGUCUUUAUUAGCAUGAGAGGCCAGGUGAAAUAAUUGCUGUUUCUUUCUUUCUUUUCUUUUUUAAAGCGCCAUUUUCAGGGUUUUAUUUAUUUUUUUAAAAGGAAGGGAUGAAAGAAUGGUGGGAGUGGGAGUGUUGAUGAGUGUGUUGUGUGUGUGUGUAUGUGUGUGUGUGCUGGGGUGGGGGAACCUAAUGUUCUGUUUUUGAUGAAAAUGUGAAGCAUAUGCUAAUAAUUACACAGGCAAGGAAAGAAUGCAGUUGUGUUGCUCUCUGUGCGUUUACCAAUGGAGAACAAAAAAGAGGACAGAGAAAAAUGGAUCAUUGAGCGCUUUCUCUUCCCCUUCUUGCUUUUUUGUGUUGUUGUAUAGACAUUGGGGAAAAGACCAAGGAAAGAAGGGCAGACAGAACAGAGGAGUAAGCAGGAAAGCGGAGAAACUUAUGAUUUAUUUCAAUGUGAGAAGCAAACCAGAGAAGAGGGAGGGAGGGCAAGAGAGAAAGUUGAAAGAGAAGUGUCAGUGGAUAUAGAAUCUGUUUGGGUUUUUGUCGUGAUUCUUUCUCGUGUUUUUUAUUUCCCCCCUUUUUUGGAUAUUUUUUUUAUUUUGGACUGAUGAUUUGACAUGGUCAUUGUAAACUUGCAAUAAAAAAAGAGUUUUAGUGUAUAUGUGAAAGUCCCCUUGUUCAAUAAUAAAAAAACAAAACAAAAGCAACCAACAA